CUUCGUCAGUGCACUUGACAGCAGAUGUGCUCAAGCUCACGUGCCAUCAUGCACAGUCCCUCUGCAACAACCCCCAAAUUACCACCAAUUACACUUGCUAUGGGGAUGCCUGGCUGAUUCAGAGACAGGAACCGCCUCGCCUGGUGUUUCUCCUGAGCUUGUUUAUAUAGGCUAUGGAUGGACCCUCGCUGGAGUGGAAGAAGAAAGCGUAUGGUACACCCUCAAAAGCGAUUAAGAUCACUCAGUUUCGCGACGAUGCGCUGAAGAGCAGGGCUACACAACUGGAAGCUCACGGCGAUAAUCGGGCUGGUGUUCAAGAGAGACCCUCUCCAGUUUUCGAAUUUCCUCUUUCGCCUUUGGAUUCCCAUGGACAGGAGGAUGUUGACACGGACGAGUCGGAAGAUUUCGCGCAGACACCGUCAGCAUUCCAAGAAUUUGAUGAAUAUGCCAGUCAAAAUGGAUUGGGAUUUUUAGAGCAGCUAAUGGCGGACGAUCCGGUCGACCCAGAAGAAGAGUCCACGAAAAUAGCAUUAGAUGAAAUUGUGAUAUCUGUAGUUUUCUGCCAUCCGCGCAGAGGAAGACAUCAAGCAUUGGCAGAAAUACAAGUUCUCGGGUCGCAACCUCUGACAGCAUUACGGAAUACAUUCUACUGCCCUACGGACUUCCUACAACUAGACAAUUGGGAUCCUCCUAUUGACAAUCUGCAAGUGAAACAAUCGGCAUCUUACUUUUUCAUUGAGAAUGUGUUCUAUAUCGACACCCGCAACCCGUCGGCUGCCGAUUAUAGCAGGCCAAUCAUUGAAUGGGCGGAAGAGGAGGGCCGGCAUCCGUCAAUUGGGCCUUACUUGACGGAUGUGAUGUCUGAACGGCGCUUCAUUGACCUUACACUGAGGUUGAACACACCCUACCUAUUUGUCCAUCAAGGCAAUUGCGAACAUAUUAUGGUGUUUAAGGAAGUCAGAUUGAUCACGGAGCAAGACGAUCGCCGACUGCAUGCAUAUCCGAAAACGAUUGCAUCUAGUCGUCUUUUGCAGUUUCAUCAAUUGUGUAACAUUUGUGGUUCCCACAAAGCUGAAUGGGCGACGACUGAAGACAUGCGGGCCGAUCGCGAUCCGUGUUUGUGGUGUGACGAUUGCUUCGACAAGUUUCACUUUAACGAGGAUGGUAGCAAGGCAUUCGACUUUGAGGCCCAUAGAUUUUGCGUCACAAUAGAACCACCGAAGCGCUAGAUAGAAUCGUUGCAUUUUGUUUAUCAUCAUCAUGAUCUCUGGGUGCGCAGCCCGCGGUUACUGAUUACGCGACAAUGAUCACGUGAUGCAUCCCGA